AGGCGCCUCAUUCAUAGGAGCCCAGCUCGCUGCCCGCGUCCCCCCGCCCCUUCCUCCCCCCUCCCGGCGGCCGCCUCGCCCCCUCCCCGGCACCAUGUCCUUCUUCAGGCGGAAAGUGAAAGGCAGAGAACAAGAAAAGACCACAGAUGUGAAAGCAAUUAAAACUCCAGUACCUGUACAUUCCCCUCAAAGAAGCACUAGAAAUCAUGCCUUGCUGGAGGCUGCAGGACCAAGCCAUGUGGCGAUUAAUGCCAUCUCUGCCAACAUGGACUCUUUUUCUAGCAGUCGGACAGCUGCCCUUAAGAAGCAGCCAAGUCACAUGGAAGCUGCUCAUUUCGGAGACUUAGGCAGAUCGUGUCUGAAUUAUCAGGCUCAAGAGACCAAAUCAAGCCUUUCAAAGACCCUUGAACAAGUUCUGCAGGACAGUGUAGCCCUCCCUUAUUUUAUCCAGUUUAUGGAACUGCGCAGGAUGGAACACUUGGUUAAGUUUUGGUUAGAGGCUGAAAGCUUUCACUCCACAACGUGGUCCCGUAUAAGAGCACACAGCCUGAACACAGUUAAGCAGAGUUCACUGGCAGAGCCCGUGUCGCCCUCAAAGCAGCAGGAAAUUGCAUCUUCUUCUCCCCCUGGAUUGCUUGAGGAGAGACUGGAGGAUGCUAGCACUGUCCAUCUGCUCAGGACCAGGUCAGUGACUCCAGACAAGAACGACAGAACUCGCAACAGCCAGAACCACGUGCUCUCAGGUCAGGAGAGUGAUGAUACCAGCGUUCUUUGUCUAAGAAAAUCCGAGACAGGGACACAUUCUGUUCCAGCUGAUCAUCAAGAAUCUUCCAAGCUUACAGUAUCAAAUAGAAACAGUCCCUCAUCUGCACUAAGAGACUUGUCAGGAAAACUAAUGAAAAGUAUAGAACGGGAUGCAGUUAGUACUUUUACCAAAUAUAUUUCUCCAGAUGCUGCUAAACCAAUACCUGUUACAGAAGCGAUGAGAAAUGACAUAGUUGCAAAAAUUUGUGGGGAAGAUGGACAAGUGGAUCCUAACUGCUUUGUUACAGCACAGUCCAUAGUGUUUAAUGCAAUGGAACAAGAGCACUUUAGUGAGUUUCUGCGAAGUCAUCAUUUCUGUAAAUACCAGAUCGAGGUGCUGACCAGUGGGACUGUUUAUCUGGCUGACAUACUUUUCUGUGAAUCAGCUCUGUUCUACUUCUCUGAGUACAUGGAGAAGGAAGACGCAGUCAAUGUAUUGCAGUUCUGGUUGGCAGCAGAUAACUUCCAGUCUCAACUCGCUGCCAAAAAAGGCCAGUAUGAUGGGCAAGAAGCACAGAAUGACGCCAUGAUUUUAUAUGACAAGUACUUCUCCCUUCAAGCCACACAUCCUCUUGGCUUUGAUGACUCUGUGAGGUUAGAGAUUGAAUCCAACAUCUGCAGGGAAGGUGGGCCUCUCCCUAACUGUUUCACUACUCCCCUCCGGCAGGCCUGGACUACCAUGGAGACGGUUUUUUUGCCUGGUUUCUUGUCCAGCAACCUUUAUUACAAAUACUUGAAUGAUCUUAUCCAUUCAGUUCGAGGAGAUGAAUUUCCAGGAGGAAACAUUGCACUGAGUAUUCAAGGGCCUGGUGGCUCUCCGGACAGUGAUUCUGCAGGGGGCCCAGAUGGCUCUGCCUCCCAGUCCAGUAUCAAAAAGGCUAAUGUUAAAAUCCUGAAAAAUUUUGAUGAAGCAAUAAUUGUAGAUGCUGCGAGUCUGGAUCCAGAAUCUUUAUAUCAACGAACAUAUGCAGGGAAGAUGACAUUUGGACGAGUCAGUGACCUGGGGCAGUUUAUCAGAGAAUCUGAACCGGAGCCUGAUGUCAAAAAAUCAAAAGGGUCCAUGUUUUCACAAGCAAUGAAGAAGUGGGUUCAAGGAAACACGGAUGAGGCUCAAGAAGAGAUGGCUUGGCGGAUAGCAAAGAUGAUCGUCAAUGAUGUCAUGCAGCAGGCACACUGCGAGCAGCGCUCAGACAAGGGCACAAAGCUAUGAUUUUAGAAAUGCCAGAACAGGAAAUCUGGUUUACUGCGUUGAGAAUGAGUGAACUUUCCCAUUUGGUGGAUUCUUUAACACAGCCAAUAAAAACAAAGCACUGUUAACUCCAACUGCUGAUAACUCCCUCGUUUAUAAGGAAGAAUUAAAAAGAAGCAAUCCUAUACCUCCACUGUAGAGCGUGAAGAAACACUUUUUCCUGUUGUAUGUGGCAUUUACCAUGAUGGUUUUUAGAGAUGAAGAGAUCAUUGCUGAACAUGUCACUGAAAAACUGUGAUCAGCUUCACAAAUACUUGACCCUGUCUCAAAAAGACUCCUAAGCAAAAUAUCUGGAAGGGGACACAAGCAGCAACAAGGAGGGGAGAGUUUUGCUGUAGUUUCUAGUUCUGCAACCAGUGAUUUUGUAACACGUAACUGCAAAGGCCAUGGAAUGUGUCCCUGACAUUGGCCACUGGAGGAGCAAACGUGAAAUGGUGAAUUCAUUUGGCAGUGAAUGACCUAAAAAUCUCUAAGUUUUUAAUUUUCCUUACUUGAAAUAGAUGAGUAUUCAACUGUAAGAUAAAUGUAUUUUACUUCAUAACUCCAUUAACUUUGAAGGCAGCGUAGAAUGAUGAGGAGCAAAGCCUGGACAGUGCAACUCUUCCUUGUCAAGCUCUGACAGUUGCACACUUCCAUUCAUCUCCUGCUUCUAACACAGCAGACUCGAGCAGACUCCAAAUCUUACACUUGUGCAACCCUCUGCUCCUGAGCCUGGGCUGUGAGUGCACACCAUGUUUUGAGGAGAUUCUACCCAGUAGACAGCUCCAUUUUUUUUUUUCCUUUCCAUCCCC